AGACCUUCAUCAAGAUGCAGAUCUUCGUCAAGACCCUCACGGGUAAGACUAUCACCCUCGAGGUGGAGUCCUCGGACACCAUUGACAAUGUCAAGUCCAAGAUCCAGGACAAGGAGGGUAUCCCCCCCGACCAGCAGCGUCUGAUCUUCGCUGGUAAGCAGCUCGAGGACGGCCGUACUCUUUCGGACUACAACAUCCAGAAGGAGUCUACCCUCCACCUGGUGCUCCGCCUGCGUGGUGGUGGUAAGAAGCGCAAGAAGAAGGUCUACACCACCCCCAAGAAGAUCAAGCACAAGCACAAGAAGACCAAGCUUGCCGUCCUCAAGUACUACAAGGUCGACGGUGAUGGCAAGAUCGAGCGUCUUCGCCGCGAGUGCCCCUCCCCCGAGUGCGGUGCUGGUAUCUUCAUGGCCGCUAUGCACAACCGCCAGUACUGCGGAAAGUGCCACCUCACCUACGUCUUCGACGAGUCCAAAUAAAUGGACUAAGUCGAUCGUUUCGCCAUGUCUUCUUUCCGGUAGCGCCUAGCAAUGUCGGUCGUGAAUGUGUGGUGGAUGAGGUUGGGACGUGUGCGCUUUGAUCGUCCCAUAGUGCCCGAGCAAUGAGAAAUGAAAAAAAUUCGAAAUCGCUCUCAAUUUAGACUACCUAAUACGUAGACAAACCACAUGUAAAUGAGGAAAGCCUGCUCAACUAAACUGAUAGAUAAAUGAGGGUAUCAAUCGCUCUACUGAAAUGCGUUCCUCAGGUUGUCGUACUUGCUCUCAGGGUAGGAAAGCACAUUCUGCGAUUGGUCGAGGGCUGACACGCCUCCAAUCCCUUCCACGAAGGUUCCAAUCAGACUGCCGUCAGCUUUGUUGGCCGUCUUUCCUCCUUUGUCGCCGCUGGUUUCC